CGUCACUUCCUACGACCCCCCAACACCACUUCCUGCAUGUGCCGACAAGAUGGCUGCACCCAUGGCUAUUCAUUUGGAGUUUGGUGGAGGAGCAGAGCUUCUUUUUGAUGGUGUGAAGGAUCAUCAUGUCACUCUUCCAAGCAAUGCAGAACCUUGGGACAUGAAGCAGCUGCUUAUGUGGAUCCGACACAACCUGCUCAAGGAGCGGCCCGAGCUUUUUGUCCAGGGCGACUCUGUGAGACCUGGGAUCUUGGUGCUGAUCAAUGACGCUGACUGGGAGCUAAUGGGCGAGUUGGACUACCGCCUGCAAGAGCGAGACAACGUUGUGUUUAUUUCCACUCUGCAUGGAGGAUAAAACACACACCCCCACACACACACACAAUUAGACCGUGCAUCCCUCAUUCACAUCCCAACAAAGCUGAACGCCAUUGGAUGACACGUCAGACGGCCAAGGUGAUGGAUGGUCCGUAGGAGCCAGGGGGCUUCUCAUAGACGGCCACCGAGCAAUUCGAGAAGAAUUUUCUCCAAUUGGAAGACUUUUUUUUCCCCCGAUUUGUUUUUAAAUAUAAAUGAACUGGGCAGGAGUCAUGGCAACGCCGUUAAUCAUCAGAAUAUCACACAACAGUGUCCCCCCGCCCACUAUUAUUCAUAUUUCCUUCUUUUUACAAUAUGUGUUUAUAUUUCUUAACUGUAAAGUUGAAAUUAUUUGUUGUUGUUUUAAAAUAAAGCGUUACCAACAGGGAGAAUGUUGUUUUAAUAAGUCUGCCAUUCAACUAUUAACUCCAUCCCCAUGUCAAAACUUCCAAUCGUAAUCUUGCAGUCAUUUUUCUGAUGUUGUCUUUAUUUAAAAUAUAUAUAUAUAUAUAUAUUUUUUUUUUCAUACACUGAUGCUCACUAUGUAGCGACGGGAAUGUUGCUUCUACUAUUAUCACAAGGGUGCAUUCAUCAAUCAAUGAACGCACACCCACCUCCAUACAAAACCGUCCACACCAGAGAUUGAAAUCAUUUGAGGUUUUUCCCCAAAGCAUUUUAAAAAUAUUGCCACAGACACAUUAAAAUGUUACGUUUUUUUUUAAAUGUAAUUUUAUCAUUUGCAUCAUGCCAAAGCUCAUUUUACAAAACAAAA